AUGCCCCUCCCAAUUCAAAUCGCGUACAAGCCUAUCGGCAAGCCGGAGAUCGGAGUCAACAACUACCAAGGCUUCACACCAGGCCGCACGGAAGUGCUGCCCAAAGGCUGGAACGGAUACAACGCAAAGCCCCUCGAGAGCAGUAUUCGGAUUGAUCAUGACGUCGAAAUCAAGGUCCGCGAUGGCUGCAGGCUCUACAUUGAUGUCUACCGUCCGGCGGACGCCACCGAGAAGAUCCCCGCUAUCGUCGGGUGGUCACCCUACGGCAAGAAAUACAGCGCUCUUACAAUGCUUCCAAUGACGCCGUGGUCUUGCUGUGUGAAGAAGAGCGACCUCAGCGGACUUGAGAAGUUUGAAGGUCUUGAUCCUCAGAGGUGGUGCCCCAAGGGCUACGCCAUCAUCAGUGUCGACAGCAGAGGCGCUGGCAACAGCGAUGGUCAGGUCCCAAUCAUGGGUCUCCAGGACGCUGAGGAUGCUUACGAUGUUAUUGAGACCAUUGCCAAAAUGAAUUGGUGCAAUGGAAGUGUCGGCAUGGCAGGCAACUCUGCGCUGGCUAUCGCUCAAUGGCACGUCGCAGCCCUGAACCCGCCGUCGCUGAAGGCCAUUGCCCCGUGGGAGGCGAGCGGUGACUUGUUCCGUGAGCAAUUUGUCAGGGGUGGCAUCUUCUCCAUGAGCAACUUUGACCUCAUCACAAGCCUGAUCAUCAAAGGUCCCUCAGGUGUUGAAGACUUCGCCGAGAUGUACCGCCGAAGUCCCUUGUCCAACAUCUGGUGGGAAGACAAGCGGGCCAACAUGAAGGCCAUCAACAUCCCAGCCUACAUUUCCGGUUCCGAUUUCAGCUCCAUUCACACCAUGGGCAGCAUCAGAGGCUUCAUGGAGCUUGGGUGCGAGAAGAAGUGGAUUCGCUGGAGCGCGUGGCAGGAGUGGUUCGACCUCUACAGUGUUCCCGAAACAAAUGAGGAUUUGGCGAAAUUCUUCGACAGAUAUCUGAAAGGCAUCGAAAACGACUGGGAGAAGACACCCAAAGUUCGGUGGACGUCCCUCAAAUUCGGCGACCGAGAGCCCGAAAGCGAUAUCCUUUUCGAAGACUUCCCUCCCCCGAAUACGGAUUACAAGACAUUCUACCUCGAGAACGGCGCCUUGUCAGAAUCCGUUCCAUCCAAUGCCUCAAAAGCUUCCUACAACUCUGAAGAUGGCAACUCAUUGGCCAAGUUCACAUACACAUUCGACAAGCCUUCCCGUCUGAUCGGCAUUCCCAAAGCCAUUCUCUACGUUUCCUGCCCUUCCCACGAUGAUAUGAACGUCUUCGUCAACGUCAGGAAGCUCGAUAAGGACGGGACACCAAUGAUGCAUCUCUGUUUCCCCUUCUGGGCUGCCCCCGUCAAGUCUAUCCAUGACAUCGCACCCAAGGAGCGAAGCAGCACGAACCUUCACCUGGGGUCCGUUGGUCAGUUGAGGGCAUCUCACCGCAAGAUUGAUCCCUCCCGUUCUAUGCACCCGCAAUUCCCCUUCCACCCACACGACGAGGAACAAAAGAUCACUCCCGGAGAGAUUGUUGAACUUGAAAUCGGCAUCUGGGCUAUGGGUGUGGACUACGAGGCCGGUGAGUCUGUGCAGGUCCAGAUCGGAGGGCAAUUCCCGUCGAUCGCGGAGUAUAAGGCGUUCUCGACAGAGAGGCCGGAUCAUGAGAGGAAUAAGGGAGAGCAUUUCAUUCACUGUGGCCCAGAGCAUCAGAGCCGGAUAAUCCUUCCGUUUAUCCAGUAG